UGUCAAAUGCUCAAUUUCAUAAAAAAAAAAAACUGGGACUGGAAUAUUGACGAAUAUUGAGAUAGAUUUGGUUUUCAUGAUUAGCGUUACCGUAAUAUGUUAAUAGUAGAAUCAGAUAGAAAACGAGAAUUUCAAAGAUUUCGCGACAGAAACUGAAGACAAUAACGCAAACAUUUUAGGAAUGUAGUAAAAUUUCACUUUUACUACGUCUGUUAUGAUACAUUUCAAAACGGAAGUAUUCCAUGAAAACUUUAUAACUUUUGUUUAAACGCAAAUAAAAUGUGUUCUCCCUCGAUCUUAUCAUUUUUUAGUCAGUGGCGGUUAUGGAUUAGACCUUUCUUUAUUGCUUUAUAUUUUAUAUUAGUUAUAAUCUUAGUACCGUUAUUGGUAAUUCACUCUAUAAACAAUGGGUUUACGAAAUCUGACCAAGGUUCAUUAGUUGCUGGUGGAUUCGUUUUGAUGGCUUUACCAAUAUCUAUAUGGCAAAUAACGCAACAUAUUGUUCAUUAUACGAAACCAUCGCUUCAAAAACAUAUAAUCAGAAUACUAUGGAUGGUUCCAAUAUAUGCAUUAAAUGCUUGGAUUGGUUUGGAAUUUCCUGAACAAUCUAUCUACAUGGACUCCUUGAGGGAAUGCUAUGAAGCCUAUGUUAUAUAUAACUUUAUGAUAUAUUUAUUAAAUUAUUUAAAUGAUGGUCAAGAAUUGGAAGCAGUACUUGAAACUAAACCUCAGGUCUACCAUAUAUUUCCUUUAUGCUGUUUAACACCAUGGGAAAUGGGGAGUGAAUUUGUGCAUAAUUGUAAGCAUGGAAUACUGCAAUAUACAUUAGUAAGACCAUUGACUACAGUAAUAUCAAUGAUAUGUGAAUUAUGUGGUGUUUAUGGAGAGAGUGACUUCAGCUCCAAUGUAGCCUUCCCUUAUAUUAUAGCUAUAAACAAUCUGUCACAGUUUGUGGCCAUGUACUGCCUUGUGCUGUUCUACAGAGCAAACCGUGAAGAACUUAAACCAAUGAAACCAAUUGGGAAAUUCCUUUGCAUCAAAGCUGUUGUAUUCUUCUCAUUCUUUCAAGGUGUUAUUAUCAAUAUUUUGGUAUUCUGCGGUGUGAUAUCAACAAUAUUUGAUAUAUCUGACCAAGAUAAGAUAAAAGUUAUAUCUUCAAAGUUACAGGAUUUCCUUAUUUGCAUUGAAAUGUUCUUAGCAGCGAUAGCUCAUCACUACAGUUUCUCAUACAAACCGUUUGUGUCUCCAUUUGACCCCGACCGCUCCUGUCUCGGCUCGUUUUUGGCGAUGUGGGAUGUUUCUGAUGUUAAACGUGACAUAACUGAACAUCUUGGUGUAGUUGGUAUGUAUUUUAUACUUUUGAGUUGA